CACAAAGCACAGGACAAGGAGCACAUCCAAAUACGUAAUAUCAUGCGAAUGCACCAAUAAGCUCGCAGCUUACAAAUCUCAUGUUCCGCCGAGCUCCAAAUUCAGCUAAAAAGAACCCCCCUUCUCGCUUCUCUCCCCACCAACUUUCCUUCCUCCCCAAACUUUCACUUCACGCGACAUCAAGACCACAAAGACUUUGCACUUAAAACUCCAGUAACACACUAAAUAUGGCAAAAAAUAACACAUACUUGAUUACUGGAGCGAACAGAGGCAUCGGUCUCGCAAUUACAGCCAUUCUUCUCCACCGAACAGAUACAACAGUCAUAGCCACAAUCCGCACACCCACCACGCCCUCCAGCUCCCUGAACUCGCUGUCUGUCGCCCAAACCAGCAAACUCCUCAUUGUCCCGCUAGACUUCAGCAAUCCUUCUCAGUCCCAGGACUCUUUCAAAAAUUUCCUCACAACGCUAAAUCUCACACACGGCAUCGAUCACAUCGACACGAUAAUCGCCAACGCCGGAAUCGGAUCCUCAUUCCUCUCCGCCAAAGACACACCUCUCUCCUCGCUGACCGAGCACUACGAGACCAACGCUCUCGGGCCCAUCUUGCUAUACCAGACACUUUAUUCUUUACUCACUGCUAAGAAUGAGGAGAGAGAAGAUGACGAGAGGAAGUUUGUUCUUAUUUCUAGCUCCCUAGGAAGCAUCGAUGCAAUGGAAGGUGCAAUGCCGAGUCUUGCGUAUGGUGUUAGCAAAGCUGCAGCGAAUUAUUUUAUCAGGAAGGUACAUUUUGAGGAGAAGGGGGUUGUGGCGAUUGCUGUGCAUCCGGGAUGGGUCAAGACUGCCAAUGGACAGGCAUUUGCGGAUAGUAUGGGCGUGUCUGAGCCGCCUAUGACUGUGGAGGCGAGUGCGCAGGGUGUCCUGGAACAGAUUGACAAUGCCACCAAGGCCACGAGUUCAGGAACUUUCUUGUCUUAUGAUGGAACUGUCCUUCCUUGGUAAUAGGCACAGAGAGAGCUUGCGAGGAGCCGGCAAGAACGAAGGAUGUGAAACAGAGAAUGGAGCGUAGGAUGCGAUAGUUUGGUUUUGCUUUCUACUACU